AUGAGCGAGUCGACGCCCAGGUCCGAGGCGCUGCAGCCCAGGAGCGGGGCCGCCGCUCCGCUCUCCGGCAGCUGCAGCAUGGAGAUAUCGGCCCGUGGGCAGUGCUUCCUCCUGUUCGAGUCGCUUCCCGUAGUAUUGAAGGAUGGAGUACCACAGAGUCAGGGCCUUGUAGUAGCAGUUGCUAUCAGUUAUUGUAUUCCGUACUGAGGGGCCGCCGAUCCAGCGGGGAAAUUGAAUUUUGAC